GUUAUAGAAAUCAUAGUAAUUCAAAAGCUACAAUGGAUUUGUACCCAACUUCUUAUUAAUGGUAGUUAAUGUGCUGCAUGUUCACUUCUGUGCAUUGUUCCUACAUGAUGAUGACACCAAAAAUGUGCCUGUGGCUGGAAAAACCUGAUGGCUAUCGCAUGACUCAAAUUCCCAAUGACCUUUGGGUUCAUCUACAAUCGUAGCUAAAAUAUGCCCAUUGCAGAAGACAAAAUCGGCAAAUUGAAGAGAGGAUGUAAAGGGAAAACAAAUGACUGUAUGCUACACCAGGAUGGAAAAUUUGAUUGCUCAGCUGGAAUUUCCCAAAAAUACUAGAAAAAAUUAUCAUCUUAUUCAGAACACAUGGAAAAUGGGCAGACAUCAUACUUCAAAAUGUUGAAAAAGUUCCCUAACAAAACGCACAUCGCGUUUGCCCAUUAUAUAAACAACACGGUUGAUCUCGUAUGAUCGAAAAAAAAAAUACGAAAACCAAAGACAGUCGUAGUGCAAUACCACCAACUGGACAAGCAAUAAUCUGUGAUUUGGAUUGAACUCAGAUUUCCAUAGCGGAUACGGUUUCAGGAUCAAAGGUUUUUUCAACAUUACAGUGAUGUAAACUGUAAAUACGCCUACAACGCGUUCGUCAAUUCUCAACCGUUUUGUGGCGACCAGUAUCUGAAUAGUUUUAAUUGUGAAGACUUAUCUCGUUACCCAAUGGAAGAGCGAUUUUCACCAGAAAAUUUUGAUCCAUCAAUUCAAUCUUCAUUGAUCAUCAAUAAUGAUUCACCAAUAUUUGGCUGCGUUUCGUGGAACGAAAAAUACCAUGUACCUGACGGACAAUGUUACGAAGUGAUGACAAAAGGACCGUGCAAAAACAACCAACUCUUUUAUGCAGACCCUGAAGUUGAAAAUGAUGGAAUCUGUGAUUGUGAUAGCAGUCUGUUGCUGUAUUCAGUUGAAACUCAAGAAUGUUAUCAACAAAACACCCAGGGACCCUGUAAAAAUGGAGAAUGGUUUGCAUUACCCGAUGGAAUGACUGUGCCGAUUUGCCAGCCACUUCCUGACGGAUGUUUGGCCAACGGCUUCUACGUUUUCUGGAGUGCUGAUUAUGAAGGAUCAACGGAAACGAGUGACAAUCAAUGUUGGGAGUUAGGGACGCAAGGUCCUUGCCCUCAAGGGGAAACGUUGGAGCGUUACAUCACAAAUCACAUCGGAUGUCAACCAAGUGUUUUAAAUAGGGUUCCUAGACCUCAUAAUGCCUUAGACAAUUUGAUUACCAAUGAGGAUCCGCAGGAUGAAAAAGCCGAUCGUAGAUCUGCAGGCAGAUCGGUUGCAGUAGCUGGGUUAAGACCUUGCGGUCCCGGAAGCCGCCGAUCCCAGAAUGGAAAAUGUCGAGUGAAUUUAAGUCAAGGAUAAUACCACUUUUCGAAAUUCAAAACUGCCCACUUUGUGAGUCCGUCCGGAGCUAAUAUUUAGAUCAUUCCACGAGUGCUUUUUUAUUAAUAAUCCAACAAAUGGAAAAGAGUCAAAUGCUACUAUCCAACUGUAACGACUAGACAUCGUAUUUGUCGUGGUUUUCGUUUAGGUAUUUGGGUAAUUGUAAACAAAUUCCGUGAAGUUGAGCAGUAGUUUUCCUUUAACUGCAUUACAGGCUUGUACUAUUUUGCUUGUAUAGUGAUUCUGUGUCGGCCUAAAUCCGAUAAAAAAAUCAAAUGAACUACACCAA